AUGGGGGUUGUUUUUUGGGGGUUUAUUUGGUGGGGUAUGUUUGAUGAGGGAUUUAGGAUGGAUGGGGAGGUGGGUGUUGGUGAUGGGGGUGUUUGGUGGUUUGUGGGUGGUAGGGUGGGUGGGGGGUUGAGGUUGUAUGUUGUUAUGUGGGGGUGGGUGUGGUGUGUGGGGUGUUUAGGGUGGUAUGUUUUGGUGGUGUAUGGUUUGAGGAUGGGGUUGUUUUUGUUGUGGUUUGUUGUUGGUAAGGUUUUGGGGGUGGUUGUAUUGAGGGGGUUGAGUGUUGGGGUUGGGGAGGGGGAUUAA